UUUUUCGUUUCGAUAUGCAAAAUUGAAAUGGCGCUUUGUUAUUUCGACGCUAAUAUUCCUCGGCAAGAUUUCGAAGAAAUGGUUUUGAAACAAAAUACUCUGUGUAAAUUUGGAAGAUGGAUAUCUGAAAACUGGGCUUGCUUUCGUGAUUGGUUUGACGAUGGCGAGUUCGAAACUAGUAGAAUGCUGGCUUAUUUUGGCGACAUUGAAGUGCCUGUCACUAUUUGCGAUGAUCAUGGGCCAUAUGAUUCAACCAAGAUUACUACGAAGAUGUCGCAAUUUUUAAAUGAACUCAAAGCGGGAGUUUCAACUAAGUACCUUAAAGAUUGGCAUUUUUGUGAAGCUGUGAAAUCAACUGCUGAUGUGUUUGAUUUACCCGAAUUUUUCUCAUGUGAUUGGUUAAACGAUUGCCUGAUCGAUCAAGGAAAGCAAGACUAUCGAUUUCUCUAUUGCGGUGGAGCAGAUACUUGGACACCUUUUCAUGUCGAUGUGUUUUGUUCAUACAGUUGGUCAGUAAACAUAACUGGUCAUAAAACUUGGCUUUUCUUGUCAUCUGAACACCUAAGUGAAGCAGAAAAGAUGAACCCUCCCAAUGAUAUCAGAAAACAUAGUCACCUGAUGAAAAAUGCUAUUCAAGUAGAGCAAGGGCCCGGAGAAGCAAUUUUUGUUCCAAGUACGUGGUUCCAUCAAGUUUGCAACAGAGGUAUUACCGUAUCAAUUAACCAUAAUUGGUUCAAUGCAUAUAAUAUUCAUCACGUCUUUACUUUACUUAAAUCAGAUUUAGAUUUGAUAACACACGAAAUUUCAUUUCUAAAAGAUGCAAUGGGCGAUGGUUACGAUGAUCACUGUCAAGUUUUACUCAGAGCAAAUAGUGGCUUCAAUUUCGAUGAACUCAAACAAGUUCUUGAGUUUGCUGCAGAAAAUGAAAAAUACGGCGAGUUCCAGCAGUCUAAAGCCUCGAGAUAUUUGGACAAAGUUAAAGAUGUUCUGUCAGGUUAAAUUUUGUAAUAUUUUAGUUAGACUUGGGAAAUGGUAUUUUGGGUUUCCUUUUAUAUCAAACCAUUGGUUUGUGCAUUUGCGCCAAGUAUAACGUAUUUAGUGUUUGAUAUAGAGCUUAAGUCCAAUUAUCUGAAGUUGUGAAAUUUGCUGAACACUAUUCAAACACAAAUCAAUGCUAUCAAAAACAGUCGAAUUCAAAUAAAUAUGUGUAUAUUUACUUAAUUGAUUGAUAACCAGAGAUCUUUUGUGUUUGAUUCCUUUGAAGUCUUUGAUUCCUUUUGUUGGCCAUUUGAAAGUUGUAAAACCUAC